ACACGUGGCGUUAAACUGUUCUUCGUCAUCAUCGUCAGCUUCCGGUUUGGGUCAUUGGCAAAGCCCAGGAGCUGAACCGGAGAUGGAGAGCGCGAGGAAGCAAAUCAAGAGGAAGAACGAAAAGCUACUGAAGACUGUCGUGGGUUACCUGAAAUCCGAUUGCUACAUGUUCGCUCCUCUCGUCUCCGCCUCUCCUCCUCCUCCAGCUGCAGGUUUUGAAUUUGGAUCUGAAUUCGAGGAAUCGACCGCGGAACUCAACAAGGGCAAGAAGAGAAGGAUGUUGGAGACAGUGGUGGAAUAUCUGAAAUCUGAUUAUCACUUGUAUGGGUCUAUCAUUUCUCCUCCCACGCUCGGUCCUCCGCUUAAAGGGGGGCAAGCAACGUUAGUAAAGAGGGUUACCACCGAAGUAUGCAAGAAUGUUACAAUUAGCCAACGACGGACACUUCGAUCGAGCGACGUAAAACGGAACGAACAAUACCCCAAGACGAGCUCUUGUCAUCGUCCACGAACGGCUAAACAUGACGAAACCUUGAGCCUGAGGCGAAGUCUUCGUCAACGUUACCACUCUUCCUCAUCGACAGGUACCCUGUUGAAAGCAAAUAGAUGUGUAUCCGUGUCUGAAAAUCACGAGAUUGAUAGUUGAUGGAUGAUGCCUCGUGUGAAGUCUUGAUAUAUUCUACCGUAUCUUUUUAAAUUUAAUGUUAGGUUUGCUUGUGAAAAUGAAAUAGUUAUGUAUCCACGUUUGUCUACGAACACGGUGCCUACUUUUUUUUAAUUUAUUUUUUCUGUUUUACA